AUGACCGUUGCGUGGCUGCCAUGUGUGUGUCUAAUGCUGUGCUUGGCUGUUAUUGACCGUUCUCUGGCCUUCCGUGUCACGCAUGGCUUCGCGUCGGCGAGGCGGAUUCCGGGUCGGCUGCGCAGCGAUCACAUCGACGAGAUGAUGUUCGAGUGCGCCAUCUACAACUCGAAUCUGCGCUUUCCGCGCAACGUGGAUUCCGAGCUGAACCCUCACGCGGCACGCGACAGCGCCACGCAGAGCCGGCUGGAGUCGAUGAGCCUCGAGCUGACAAAGCAACAGCUGGAGACCUUCAAGCGGCGUAAGGAGCACAUGCGCAUCAGUCUGCCGAUCUCUGGGGAGGUGAGCCGGCCACGAGGCGGCCACCUGCAGAAGCUGUACUAUAUCCUGGAGGAGCACAACCGGGAACUGAUGGAGAACGAGCUAUAUCGCGCCGGGACCGAGGGCGGCGAACAAAACACCGUCGACAUCGACAAUCUGCGGAAGAUUGUGCUGCCCACCCAGAUGUAUCGCAUUUUCGACUCCCCGUCGGUGACGAAGCGUUACCGCCUCUUCCCGACCACGAUAAAGUCGCACUCGCCAGUGGUGCCCGGCCAGUUGUCAACGAUAACGCUUCAAGAGCCCCAUCGGGAGCUUUUGGUGGAGCAGGUGCGCUCAAGUAACGUAUUCGGGAUACCGGUCGCCUUCCUGGAGCCGUCGAAAUUCGACAAUGUUGACCCCGAGAUAUCUCCGCACGCGUGCAUGUGCGAGUUCGUGGACCUGACCGACUUCGACACCACCGGCAAGAUAGUAGUGCGGGCUACACAGCGGCUGUCGAUCGUUGACAUGCCGGCGACCAAGGAUCCCAUUGUGCUGGCGGAUGUGUCGAUCCUGGAAGACGAGCGUGAGCGGCUGCGCAACCCGAACCUAACACAGGGGAAUGCUCGCGCCGUGGCGAAGCUGUACGACAAGUGCAACGAGCAGGAGGCGCAGCUAAGCCGGCUUGAGGGCCGAAUGGGCGAUGUGGAAAUCGUCGAGUCGCGCGAGUUGUUCGCGGACAAGCUUGGCCGCAUGAUACGCGAUGUGCCGUUAGAUGGCGACCACGAGUACAGGAUUCUAGAGCUGACCGGGUUCGCUGCGAUGGAAUUCCAUGCAGACACCGAGACGCGAAUGUGGGCCGCCAACACACGUGACACGGAGGAGCGCCUAGCGUGCGCCAAAACAGUGCUGGAGGAGAAAUCAGCUUAUCUCAAAGGCCGCAUAUCAGAGGUGAAAAGGAACGCCGACCCGCCGAUAGCGGUCAACGUGUCAGACGUGAAUGUAUAG